UGCGCCCUUGGUCCUAACAGCCGCCCCGCAUCACAGAAAGGGUUCUCUCUCGGCCUCAAACUGAAGGGCGCGAAGAAAGCGCGCUUCCCGCGAUGCUGGGCGGCCUCUGAAAGGCAGAGGAGGAAUGCUUAGAGUGAAAGUUGGCAAGCCACGUUGGUCCUUUGCCUCAUGCGGGGCCGUAAAUGUGUGAGGAAAGCGCGUUUCUAAACUGUGACGGGGCCUGUGCUAAAAGAAUAAGGCACUGGGUAUCUAUUUUAUAUGAUAUUUUAAAACCAAAGAGUCUUCAAAAUGUCGUAUAGAAAAGAACUAGAGAAAUACCAGGAUCUGGAUGAAGAUCAGAUCCUGGGAGCAUUGACUGAAGAAGAAAUCAGGAUGCUAGAGGAAGAAAUGGUAGAGCUCGAUCCAGAUAAUGCGUUGUUGCCUGCAGGAAUGAGACAGAGAGACCAGACCAAAAAAACACCCACUGGCCCAUUUAAAAGGGAUGACCUUCUGGCACACUUGGAGAAGCAGGCAAACAGCACUAAAGACAGAGAGGAUCUGGUUCCUUUCACAGGAGAGAAAAGAGGGAAAGCCUGGGUCCCCAAGCAGAAGGCUAUCGAUCCUGUUUUGGAGAGCGUGACUCUGGAACCAGAAUUGGAGGAGGCACUAGCAAAUGCUUCUGAUGCUGAACUUUGUGACAUUGCUGCUAUUCUUGGCAUGCAUACCCUGAUGAGCAACCAGCAGUACUAUGAGGCGCUUGGAACCACAACAAUUGUCAAUAAGGAAGGCCUAGGCAGUAUAAUUAAGCCUACGCAAUAUAAACCAGUUCCUGAUGAACCAAAUUCAACCAAUCUAGAAGAGACCUUAGAAAGAGUGAAAAACAAUGAUCCAGACCUUGAGGAGGUCAAUCUCAACAAUAUUAAGGAUAUUCCCAUUCCAACUUUGAAAGCCUACGCUGAAGCGCUGAAGAGUAACACGUAUGUGAAAAAAUUCAGCAUAGUUGGAACCAGAAGCAAUGACCCCGUUGCUUAUGCCCUAGCAGAAAUGUUAAAAGUCAACAGUGUCUUGAAGAGCUUGAACGUGGAAUCAAAUUUCAUUUCUGGAUCAGGAAUCCUGGCCCUCAUAGAAGCACUCCAGAACAACAAGACAUUGAUUGAGCUCAAAAUUGACAACCAGAGCCAACUAUUGGGGAAUAAGGUGGAGAUGGAGAUUGCAAGUAUGUUAGAAAAAAACACAUCUCUUCUGAAGUUCGGGUAUCACUUCACUCAGCAAGGUCCUCGGCUGCGGGCCUCCAAUGCUAUGAUGAAUAACAAUGACCUUGUGAGGAAGAGGAGGCUGGCAGAUCUGAAUGGGCCCUUCCUGCCCAAGUGCCGGACCAGCAUGUAACUCUUGGCUAGAGACGGAACGGACAAGCUCGCGCUGCACCAAGGAGAACUGCAGCAGAGCAACUGUGCAGUGAAUUUGUGGUGCCUGGUUUUUGUUUGUUUAUAUUCUCUCCUUGUGCACUAAACGGUUUCAAUGAAUUAGCGAUCGUAGGUGAAAAUCUUUAUUAUCAACGCAUGAGAAAUGCCUUUUUUGAAGAGAAAAACACAGUUCUGACAUUCAGGCUGUUCAUACGGGAUAAUUUGACAAAGUACAUCAUAGCACAAAGAUGCCUGGAAUUUGGGAGUUUGGAAUUUGACUGCAGCCUCCUUUUGGGACAGAUUUUUUUGCUGCGGUGUGAAGUGCACAAGUCGUUAACCACGAAGCAGAAAAAAGAUGCUACUCCAUAAACAUGGCUAAACAGUUUAAAAAAUACUUUAUUUUUUUUUACUCGCAGUCAAGAAUUAAAAAGGAGCUACGCGACAGUAUUCCAUCUUCCCGAAGCAGAUCUUCAAUUGACACGUGUGUGAACUACACUCAGCAGCACUCCCAGCCCCAAGUUUCAACUCAGUUGUAAAAGCAUCUCCUUUUGUUCUAAAGUUUAUCUACACACCCACCCUGUAGAAAUAAUAUAAGGCCACUCUUUUCCGAAGCACAGCAGAAAGUCAGGUGCCGUCUGGGCUGUUGGCCAUUACUUUUGCAGAAGAAUUCAAGAGCUUAAAAUAGUCCAUUUGACACGGCGUUCUUUUCCACCUAAUGGUAUGGUUUGGAAUCGCUUUGAUGCCAGAGGAUGGCCUUAUUAUUUCUUUCCUUCAUUGGUUUCUCCUUCAGAGGACAGCCCUCGCUGCUGCCACGGAUAUCUGAAUGGGCAAGCUGCUGGCCACAGGCCCUUUGGUCAAAAUACUCUUUUGUGAAAAGUUAUGCAGGGUCUGGUGCCUGGGAACUCCACGGGAGUAAGAACACCAGUGUUUGGGAGUUCACACGGCAUUGUAGCUACAACAAGGUGCAGAAUUUGCAGCAGGGGGCCCAGGAAAGUGCUUCCCUUCCAGGACUCUUCUGCACGUUGCACCAGGAUGUUUUGCUUGAGCAAUUCGCUGUAAAACUUGGGGAGAGGGGGGUAGAUUUAUGCCAUCUCUAGAUUCAAACCUGAAGAUAUUGCUGGGCCACAGUGAAAUCUGCCCGGAAUUAAUACUUACGACAGACAGAUGGCUCUUCCCUCAUUACAGUCUGACUGCCCCCAUCUCAAUUGGACAGUGGGAGAGUGCCAAUAAAGCAACAAGGAAGAUUGAUGGGGCAGGAUUUUGAGGUUUCCACAUGAAUGCUAUCAGACUUAGGUUUGCAGCCUAUGGGAACAGGCAACCUAGGACUUUUGCUGGGCUAGAUCUAUGGAGCCCCAAGCGUUAUGCUCAAACAAAUGGGGAAGUGCCUGCUGGUUUGCAACAAAAUGCUAUGUUGCUUGUAAAUUAUGCCUUAAUAAAGCAUUGCUUCUAAGUACAUUG